AUGGCCGCCUCCAACGCAAGGUCUCUCGCCAGCUGCAUCUUCUGCAAGAUCAUCAAAGGGGAUAUCCCGAGCUUCAAGCUCAUCGAGACCGAACAUACGUUCUCUUUCCUCGAUAUCGGUCCCCUCUCGAAAGGUCAUGCACUCGUGAUCCCGAAAUAUCACGCUGAGAAGCUGCACGACACUCCUGACGAAUAUCUCGCCGAAGCCAUGCCCAUCGCGAAGAAGAUCGCGACGGCUCUGGGAGCUGAGAACUAUAAUAUCCUCCAGAAUAACGGUAGGAUUGCUCACCAGGAAGUCGACCACGUCCAUUUCCACGUCAUCCCAAAGCCUGCAGCCAGCGACGACCAAGGCCUGGUCAUCGGCUGGCCAGCACAGAAGAUCUCGAUGGAUGAAUUGAAGGCGCUGCAUGAGGAGCUGAAGGGAAAGCUUUGA